AUGGUGACAAAAGCUGUGGCCAACUCAAUGCUUUUUCUUAGGAUUGUUACUCUGGCAGCCUCAGCUGCAUCUGUGGCCUUACUCUUUACUAACAAAGUCAGAUUUGAUGAUGGAACACAGCUCAGAUUUCAAGAUUUCUAUGCCUUCAGGUAUGAAGCUGUGGUUGGAAUAAUUGGUGGUGCAUAUUGUAUAUUGCAGCUACCAUUUGCCAUAUAUUAUUCAGUACAGCAGAAGAGGUUGAUACGCAAUGGAUGCUUGCCUGAAUUUGACUUCUUUGGAGACAAGGUAAUUUCUGUUCUUCUAGGCACAGGGGUUGGUGUAGGUUUUGGAGUGUCUUUGGAAUUUAAAAAGUUCUUCGAUGACUUAUUUGACUCUGCGGGUGUCCUAAAGAGUGACCCUACAAGGAAGGCAUAUGACAGGUUUUUUGUUCGAGCGAUUGUGGCUUCUGCUAUUCUCCUUGCUGCAUGCCUUUCUAUGAUCAUCGUUUCUCUUAUUUCCUCCAUCAAUCGAAAUCGAAGCAAAGGCUUUUUUAAUUAA